GCGCACUUUCAGUGCGGUUUUAGUUGCUACAGUGUCGAGAUCGUAGCGGUGGUUUCGUCGUGCGUUCGUUUAUUUUUCUACUUCGUGUCUUUUUUUUUCGCUCGCGUACCCGUCACCCCGUGGUCUUGGUCGUCGUUGUAAGGUGGUUAUACCCAAGCGUUCCUGGAGUUCUUUGUUUUGUCCCGCAGUCGUUUACCUCGGUGGCACGGGUUGCUAAGGAACUUUUCGAUGUAAUCCAGCGAUGCUGAAAUAGAAUUGCUUCUGUUUUUUGCGGCCGAGCAACCCAAGCAUCCAAGUGUAAAACGACUGUAAUUAUAAUCCGAGACCCUUCGCCACCAUAACUGAAACAAAACAAAGCGAGUAGAUCACACAAUUGGUUUCUUACCUUCAUCCCCAAUAACAACCCUGCAUCAUUUGUAUGGAUAAGCACAGUAGGUCGAAGAAACCAACACUCGAAGAUUACAUUAUAGACAUGGAGACGCGGCCGCCCGAUAGCGGCCAGAUCUCCGACACCGAUGUGUGGGCCCAGCUGCACCAGAAAGAGGCCGAUCUGCUGCUGGCGGCCGAGCUCGGGAAGGCGCUGCUCGAGAAGAACGAGGAGCUGAAGAAGCAGCACGAGAAGCUGGUGGACGACUACUCGGGCAAGCUAGAGAAAUUGGAACAAGAGAAGUACAUCCUAAAACGGCAACUGGAGAUAACCUCGAGUGAGAACGAUGCCAUCAUCCUGGAGCUACAAACCGACAUCAAGCAGUUCCGGCAGAGGCUGGAGGCGCAGGAACAGCUGAUGCGACAGAUGGAGCGGGAGAAGAACCUGCUCAUCGAAGAACUGACCGCCCAAAAUACCCGCCUUUCGAACGAGCUGAAAAAAUCCAAUGCCACCGAGCAGCAGCUGUCGGCGCAGCUACAGGAGAUCAGAGAGCAAUGCAAUCGGCGGACGUUGAGCAUACAGGACCACGUCAACAGCCUGGACAGUCUGAAGAACGAACUUCGGAUGAUCCUGGAGAAGAAGAAUGACCUCGAGCAUCGGCUGCACAUGACGUCGACCGAAAAGGAGAACUUGUCGAUAGCCCUGAACGAGGCCUCCGAGAGGAUACACAUCCUGGAGCGAAGCACCAGGGAGCAGGACACCCAGUAUCAGAUGACCGUUCAGACGCUGGAUCGGCUCGAACGGGAAAAUGGGACGCUCAGCGAGCGGCUCGAAUCGUUCGAUUCGCAGAAAUCGCACAUAAGCGACCAGAACCAUUCCUCGCUGAUGCAGGAAAUGAACGGAGAGGACGAUUCGAUGAUGAUUGGCGUGGCCGGGUGCAAGGACGAAGCGACUCUGUUGCUCAACAAGGAAGCACAGUCGGUGUACAAACAGCUCAAGACGCUCUGCCAGACGCUGAGGAGUACCCACCAUGAUGACGAUUCGGGUCUCCACUCGGACAUGUCCUUCUCCUCGUUGGACAACACCUCCUCCUCUUCGCCACAAUCGGUUGACGCUGGUUUGGGAGGUUCUGCGGGUCCUUCGACCACGCAGAGUAUCCUGCGUGUACCGGAAAAGUUCACCCGCGGGAUGCUGUCGGCCGCCGCCGACGAACUAGUACACAUCAUCAUGGACCUGGACGCGAUGCAGUUCAAAACCAUGUUCGAGCAGACCCGUGCGAUGCUGAUCGACCAAGAGGAGGAACUGAAACGGAAAACCGAAACAAUUCGGCAGCUGGAGAGCAAGCUCUCGGUGCAGGAUAUAGAGCUUCAGAGCGCCCUCGAGGAGCGUAACCAGGCCCGGAAUGACGCGUCCCACUCGAGCCUUGCCCAGGACGAAACUGUGAUUCAGGCCCGCCAGGAUCGGGAUGCGGCCAUCGAACGGCGCACGAAGGCCGAGGUUGAACUGGCCAAAAAUCGGGUGGAGCUGAUGCAAGCCAACAGUCAGCUACUCGAAGCCAUCCAGCAGAAGGUUGAACUGCUGCAGCAGCUCGAACAGUGGCAGAUCGACAUGCACGAGCUGAUCGAGGAGCAGAUGAAGAACAAGCUUAACAAUGAAUCUAGUACAAAACCGCAGACGCCUCAGCGUGUAUCGAAUUCGUCACAGCAGGCCGGUGCCAAUGGGUCGGCAAAUUCUUCGGCCGGCAAUCGCAAGAGUCGCCUACUAGAUCUGUUCUACCACCGAUGAGAUGACGCAGCAGCGGAAGACAGGAAGACAGGAAGAAAAGUAAAUAACACUGGAACAUGUGCAAAUGCAAAGAGCGCAAUCUCGAUCAGUCAGGGAAUGUAGCUAACGAUGGGCGUGCGGUAGAGAUGUCCGGUAGUGAAAACGAUUCACACUGCAUUUAUAUUCGACCUACUUAUACCUUAGUGUAACUGUUGUAAUCGCUCGUCUCACGUUCACCGGAUAACUUCCCCCACUUUUCCCGCAUGUGAUAAACAGCUGAUCGAAGAUUGAACCGAUCAACGAAUCAUUUUUUUACGGUUAACCAGUAUUUUUGUAAGAAAUGAAAGUAAACGUAAAUUGAUAACAAUUUUUAACAGCUACGUCAACACUAACCCAUACCCAUACUCCCGUAAUCAAAUGUCAAUCCGAGGAAGCGAGAGAUCGACCACCGGAAGAUUCAGAACUCGACCGUAACAAGCAAAAAAAGUCUAAUUUAUAUAACUGUUCUUUUUACCACGGUGUAACCAAAAAUUUAUAUUACUACAUAGAAGAAUUAACAAUGAUCAGACGCUACAAGGUAAAAAUGAUUAUCUGCAAGGCACCCUGUUUCCUCUGUUGUUUGUUCCGUUAUCAAAGAUAAACUUUUUAAGUUGUGAUAAUUGUUCGAAAACAAAGCUUUGCUACGAACAAUACCCUAACCUAACCUACGAUGCUAAUUAAACGUUGAGUGAUAACCGGUUGCCUUUUGCUGUGAAUGGAGUAGAGCAAUUAUCCGAAACGAAAAUCAUAUUUGGAAACAGUGCCUGAAGUGCAGAUGGAUUCGAAGCUAUAUUUAAUAGUUGUUCAAUAAGUCUAUUGGAUCGAUUUGGUAAUUUAAAAAAAAGUGAAAGAAAACAGCAUAUUUUUAACGCGCAGCUAAUUGUUAGGGAACACUAAAAUCUGCAGCAAAUGCGAAGGAAAGAAUUAGUUUGGAGCGAAGCUAACUUAUCGUUAAGGACAUAGUGAAAAUGGAGCAACUGUAAAGCUGAUAAUGUGAAAUAAUAUUGAAUAAUAAUCUAUUUGUAACUGUUGUAACUGGAAGCAAGAGAAAUGAUAGAAUAAAGUAUUAUGAUGAGAUUAAAA